AUGGCUACGAAUACCAACAAUUACACGGCCGAGAGUGAGACCAAAGUCACAGAUCUCCCCGCCAAUGAUACCGACAAUGAAAACUCGGACGAAGGCAGCAACGACAGCGACAACGAAAGCAGCAACGAAAGUGCGAUGGAAUACGAAAAUGUCAUGACUGUAAGCGAUGAUUUCGACAGCCUGUGCUGGUAUGUCUUUGGAGGCACAUCCCACAUCCAAGUAUACUCGGACCCCUCCAACAAGCGUACAUCCUCGCUAUCCCUCUUUCACGGCCAUCCCAUCGAAAAAGCCCCCGCUACAUCGCCUCCAUGCCACAAGCUCGCUUUCAGCAUUGAAACACGGAGCUACAUCGAAACUCCAGGCUACAAAAAGCCCCGUCGGUUAGUAGUCCUGGGAAUAGAUGGCGGUAUCGUCACUAUUAGCGACGUGGUUGAACAACUGUCUCCCUACAUACGGGCAAACAAGGAAGACAUAUUCUGGGUUUUAGGGCCAACGAUACAGUUUGACCCUCCACUCUCUCCGUAUCAGGAUACUCCCGUGAAUACGAAUAAAUGGUCCUCUGGGUUCUCUUUUGGGGUGAUUGAGGAGGAGUAUUACUCUAUAGGCGUUGAGCUAGAUGGCGAAAGGGCUUGA